AUGGCUAGAGCUGGAACGUUUUGGAAAGUAUUUGUCCUGACUGCUGCUGUAGUGGUUGGAGGUCUUAUCGGAAUGAAACAUCAAUAUGAAAUGGAAGAGAAAUGGGCCAAAAAGUUCUCAGCUAGAGUGAGGUUGGAGUUGGAGAAGGAGAUUGAGGAGGAGGGACUUAUUGAAAAGAUGUUAGAGAUGGAAAAAAAGAAUUCCAUGAUGAAAAGCAAUGUGGAUGACAGCAGCAAAACCAAAUGA